GCAACACUGAGCAAAUCAAGUUUGCGAUUGUUCUCAUUUUUAUUUCUUGUUUUUCUUGUAUUGUGGGGCUACCCUAGAAAUUUUCAUCAAAUCUGCUUCCGAAACGUUUGGCUUCGGUAUCUAUGAUUUCGUUUAUCGAAGAUUAACCAUGGGCUUUGAGAUUAAAAGGUUUCAAGGUGACGUUGACGAAGAACUUAUUUGCCCUAUUUGUUCAGGGGUACUCGAGGAUCCUUUACAGGCGCCUGCUUGUGAGCAUGCGUUCUGUCGUGCCUGUAUAACCGAGUGGAUAAGUCGCCAGCCCACUUGCCCUGUAGACCGGCAGGCCGUGACGGCGAGUCAGCUUCGGCCAGUUCCAAGAAUCCUCCGCAACCUGCUCUCCAGAUUGUGCACUAGUUGUGAUAAUGCUCCUCACGGCUGCAAUGUUAUAUUGAAGCUGGAUUCGCUACCAUCUCAUUUAGUGGAAUGCGAACACAACCCCAAGAGGCCGAUGCCGUGCGAAGCGGGCUGCGGCCUGGUGAUACCUAAAGACGAGCUGGAGAACCACAACUGUGUGAGAGAGUUACGCGCGCUCAUCGCCACGCAGCAGGGCAAGUUGACGGACUACCAGCAAGAACUGGCCGAGCAGAGGCUGAUCAUCAAUGAACAUAAGCGCGAGUUGGCUCUGCUCAAGGAGUUCAUGCGAGCAAUGCGCGUGUCAAAUCCCACCAUGCGAGCGUUGGCGGAGCAAAUGGAGCGCGAAGAAGUGGUACGCUGGGCCGGCUCGUUAGCACGCGCGCGCGUCACCCGCUGGGGCGGCAUGAUCUCAACACCCGAUGACGUCCUACAGGUGAUGAUGAUCAAGCGAAGUUUAUCGGAGUCGGGCUGCCCACCGCACAUCAUCGACGACCUGAUGGAAAACUGCCACGAGAGACGGUGGCCUCCUGGACUGUCCUCGCUCGAGACCAGACAAAAUAACAGAAGACUGUACGAGAAAUAUGUGUGCAAAAGAGUUCCCGGUAAGCAAGCAGUUUUGGUCCUUCAGUGCGACAACACACAUGUCGACGAUCACAUGAUGGUUGAGCCUGGCCUUGUGAUGAUAUUCGCACACGGGAUUGAAUAGCACAUGGAGAUAACGGACAUUCAAUGUUCCGAAGAAAUUUAAAAACGUUGACACGGAAAAUCCAGGAAAAAGGAGUCUUACAAAGCGCCAAUUUUAGAUCGUGCCACUUCAUUUGAGUUCUAAGCACAGAUUACGAAAUGUAGUUGAAACACAAUUACACCAAAACUUGUACAGUGUGUUUUUUUACUUUACAAAAUACUGAUCUGUGGUUCAGUAUUUAUAAUGUGGUGCCUCUGGCAAAAUAAAUUGGCGGUAUAGUUUCCUUUUAAGAGCAAGUGUGACAAAUUUUGGACUGAACAAGUGUCAAGGACAGUUGAAGUUUCAAAAGUGGACAAAAAGUCAAUAGUGCUACGUCCAAAACAUUUCGGAUUACAAAUCAAGUGUCUAAGGUAGUGUUUCGGAAAUUUUGGCUUCAGUGUGUGUCCCUACACUAGUAAUAGUGGUAUUUUUACUGUCAUCUUAAAAUUGACAGUAAACUGAUAGUGGUAAAAUGUAAAAUAUUCAUUGUAUUAGAUAAAAUUUAGAUAUUUUAGCUCUCUAAAUCCUAGAUGCGCUUUAUCCGGCCUGUUUGAUAAGUAAAUAUCCAAAAUGUGAGACUAGAAGAGCGACAGAGAUAGAUAAUAAUGUAUUUGAUAAUACGGAAAUGGUCAUCUAUACGUCACGUGUCACGUGAUGCGUUGGCGUACCAAACUAAUUGCGAUUAUGAUGGCUAGAUUUUUUUUCCUAGAAAACACCUAUUCCAUAUAAUUUUCCAUAAUAAUGAACUUUGUGGUCUUAAUUUGCCAAACACUCAUCAAUAUUUUUGUAAGUUACUCAAUAUUUUUUGUGGUGUGUGAACUAGAAGCUAAUAAAAUGUGGCUAAUAUUAUAAUAACUUCUGAAAGUUAGACCAAUGAUAUUGUACAAUUUACAAUUACUGUUUGAUCCGAGUGUUGGAGUAUUUUAAGGUGUAAUAUUGUAUUAUUAGUUUUAAUUAAGAAAUUGGUUUGAAACAUU